UAUGGAAAUAAACCUUGAAGGACAUCAACCCUAGCAACAGCUGGGCCCCGCCCCAAAAGCUUCACCCCCAGAAUUCUUAGUUCUGUUGCUAAGGAAUCCCCUUGGCAAGGGGUUCACAAGGAGGGGUGCCCCGGCCCCAUCAUUUCUAUCUAGGAAGUGGAGAAGAGGUAGGUGGGCAUUGGGAGAUUUGAAAUCCCAGCCUUCUCAGCCAAGGAAGAAGAAAAGAGAAACCAGGACAAAGCACGGGGCUGGAGAUGUCUCUCCGUUUUCAUCUGGGACCCGACAGGGUCCUACAGUAAACAUCCUAGAGGGUGCUGAGUGGGCCCUGGGCUGACUCCGUCAGAGAUGACACAGGUGUUUGUCGCCUGGUCCUGGUGGUGCUGAGCCUCUGGCCAGAUAGAGUCGUUGCCCCUGGGCCACCAGCUGGCUCCCCUCGAGUCUCUUCAGACCCUCGUGCAGAUCUGGACAGCGCCGUCCUCCUGACCCGAUCCCUCCUGGCAGACACACGGCAACUAGCUGCACAGAUGAGAGACAAGUUCCCAGCUGAUGGAGACCACAAUCUGGACUCCCUGCCUACGUUGGCCAUGAGCGCUGGGACAUUGGGAUCUUUGCAGCUUCCUGGUGUGCUGACAAGGCUUCGGGUAGACUUGAUGUCCUAUCUCCGGCAUGUACAAUGGCUGCGCCGUGCAGGUGGUCCUUCCCUAAAGACUCUGGAGCCAGAGCUGGGUGCCCUGCAAGCCCGACUGGAAAGGCUACUUCGUCGUUUACAGCUCUUGAUGUCUCGCCUGGCCUUGCCCCAGGCAACCCCAGAGCAACCUGUGGUUCCCCUGGGCCCUCCUGCCUCAGCCUGGGGAAGCAUCCGGGCAGCUCAUGCCAUUUUAGGAGGACUGCACCUGACCUUGGACUGGGCCGUGCGGGGCCUGCUGUUGUUAAAGACUCGGCUGUGACUCGGGACUGAAAGCCACCAUCGAUACCGCCCUUUAAAGCCAGAUCUUAUUUAUUUAUUUAUUUUGAUACUUGGGGGGGGCAUGAUGAUCAGGGGCAUGCCACACCCCAAACAACCACCCCACACCCAGCUAGACACAGUCCUUCCAGUAGACCUGGGUGAGGGGGAUCACCUGUGGCUUAUUUAUACUUAUUUAUUUAAAGAAUUGGGGUGGGUGGGGUGGGUGCGUCUGAGACCCUGAGGAGCGGGGAACUGAGAUUCUGGAUUCUGGGGUCUCUAUGAAUUCUAUUUACAGUGUCUUCCUCACUUCCUACAUUAUUUAUUAAGCAAUUACUUUUUAUAUUAAGAGGAGGAAGGAGGGGGAAAAGAGAAAGCCUGGGGUCUUAUACCAAAAUGUGAGUUUUUUUUUGUGAGACAGAGAAGUGAGGGGAUUUAGGUACAUAUCUAUUUAGAGGUUCUUAGCAGGAAUAUGCCAGAAGGAUCUGAGUCUAAGCUGGUACUCUAGGACUCAACAAAAGGCCUCCAGAACAGCACCUUAUAACUAAUAGUACCUGUAUGGUACAGAGCCGUAAGGUCCAAGGUGGUUUGUUUCAGCAAGAUUCACAAUGGCAAAUGGGAAACAAUCUAGGCUUUCUUGGAGGAAAGGCAGGGGAUGGAGGAAGAAAGUUAGGGCUACAUCCACAUGAUGGAAUACUAGCUCGACAACCGCAAAAAGGCAGGUUCCAGGUGAAGACUGCUUUACAUGACCCAGGAGCAGCAGAUGGGAGAACCACUCUUUCUAUACAUGAGUAUGGAUUUUUUGUUUUGUUUUGUUUUUCAAAAUGGAAACACCAAAAUGUUGACAAUAGCUGCCUCGAGGUUGAAAAUGAGAGAUGGCACUGUGGGUGACUGUUACUGUUUUUGUUUGCAUUUUCCAGGGUUUUCAUCAUGACUAUUUUGCAGGAUACAUUUACAAACAAUAAUAAACACUAUUUUUAGAAUGG